AUGAGUGGUCAGGAAGGCGAGCCGGCCAUCGGCCACAGCCAUGUUGGUGAGGUCAGGAACAACAACCAGAACAGCCAUGUUGGUGAGGUCAGGAGCAACAACCAGAACCAGCAGGCCGGGGGAGGGGGAGUGGGGGCGGUGUUACCCGAUGGGGAUGAUAACGCUAACCAGAUGAUCCAGAUGGGGGAGGGGGGCAGCGACGGCGGAGGGGAGAGUACAGGAGGAGAUGUUGGCACUCUGCCCCCCCUGAUGUCUCAGACCACUGAGGUAUGAUGAUCUACAUUUAUCCAGUGACUUACAGAUCUGAGUGACUUCCAGAUCUGAGUGACUUACAGAUCUGAGUGACUUCCAGAUCUGAGUGACUUACAGAUCUGAGUGACUUACAGAUCUGAGAAGUACUAGGCAAUACGUAAUUCCAAUAAGCCAGACUGCCAAAUACCAAAGAUCAUUCUCAGCAAGAGCACUGAAUUCUAUUUAUUUAUUCAUUUGACUGCCCUGUCCAUAUAUUACGCAUAGUUCGUAUCUCUCUUUUUUAAAGUCUUUAAUGCUAUAUACUGAUGUUGAAUCAACCUUUACCUGAACAGGUGUCUCAGACAGAGGAGCAACAGAACAAGAUCAUCAUCUGGGGGACAGACUCUCAGUGUGACGACCCUGAGCUGGCCGAGUUUGAGAUGUUAGAGUGCCAGGAGCUGGAGGCAUACCUGGUAGAGGACGAGGACGAGGAAGUGUGUGAAGGAGGAGGACUGGGAGGAGUUAAAGGAGGCGCAGGACAGAUCCUCCUGGACCAGCCUGUCUCCAUCGCGGAUCUAGUCUGUGACAGUAGAGACGGAGGAGGGAGGAGGACUAUCCAACGGGGCUCCAGAGAGCAGGACGCCGCCGCCAUGGGCUCUGGAGGAACCAGAGGGACAGCGGAGUGUGUGACGAGGACAGAGUUCAGCUCUGAGAACCAUGUCUUGGCGUCCGCUAUGUCCAGUCUGGUCAGUGCUCUGGACACCGUCGGACGGACACAGGCCACCACCACAGACUCCUGGCACGUCCCCUCAGGACCAGACAGGACCAUCUCAGAGGAACUAACCCUAGCCUCCCAGUCCUUUACCACCAUCUCAGACCUGUCUGGGGCCUCACAGCGAUACAAACAACCUCAGUCUCCAUCCAAAAGCACAAUACAACGAGCUGACCUCGAUCUAAACCAGAACACAACUGUCAGGUCUGAGGAGGAGGUUGUCGUUCCAGAAGCACAAGUCAGUAACAACGUCGUAGUGGGUCGAUGUAAAUGUCAGCAGAACAUGGAGGAGGAUCAGGGCAAUGAAGAGCACAACCAGAAUCUGGAGCAGAGGUACCGGGAGGCUAGAGGUAGUGAGGGGAAGGCAGCUGAGGACCACCAGGAUGCUAGAGGUAGUGAGGGGAAGGCAGAUGAGGACCACAAGGUUAUUCCCCCUGAUAUGAACCACAACUCACCCGCCAAGUCAGGCACAAAUGAUAUUCAAUCGGUUGAACCCAGAAGCUUGAAGAAGCAUGGCUCUUUUGAUAAAACCUUAAAGAAUCAAGGCUCCUUCGGACAAAGCAUGAAGAAAACGACUUCAUUCGAACAAAGCAUAAAGAAAACAACCUCGUUUGAAAACACCACGAAGAAGUCGGCCUCAUUUGAUAGAAGCUUGAAGAAAGAACCUUUCUUAGAUAGAACGUUGAUGAAAGAGGCAUCAUUCGACGGAACGUUGAGGAAGCAGGGCUCGUUUGAACGCAGCUCCAGUCCUUCCAGCCUGGAAGGGAGGAAGCCUUGGGGUAGCCCCAGCAGGAGCCCCAGCCGCCCAGCCACCCCUCCCUGGUCCCCCAGGAGACCAGCCCCCUCCUCCUCCCCCGCCAAGACCAGCUCCAGACCUCCCUCCUCCUCCACCUCUCCGGCCAAGACCAGCAACCGAGCCUCCAGCCAAGACCGCAGCGACUCCCCACAGAGGGUUACCACCAGUGGCCUCAAAGUGCCUAGUAAGGUCAGUGUAAACAGCAGCAUCCCCAAACCCAUCUCCUCGCAGACACCUACAGACCCCAGGCGGGCCUCUCCUCACAAACCCAAACCCGCCCGUCCCAAGAUCAUCACGUACAUCCGUAAGACCCCUCAGGCGAAGACCCAGUCCCAGGGGACAGAGGUUGACCCAAAUGAAGCCUUGACACUCCCUCCCUGUCUGUCCUCCUCCCGUCCCAGCCCUCCUACAGCUCACAGAAAGCCCCACAAGGCAGGGCCCCAUUCUAAGGCCUCCCAGGUGCUCUGCUCCUCUAAUAUACUCUUUGAUAAGUACCGUCAGGAGAUGCAGAAGGCAGGAUACUUUCCCCCGGGUACCGGCAUGACGUCGCUGGGCAUCAAACCUCCCAGCCACCCUCCUCCUCACAACCUCUCUGGGAAGUCUGAGAGCUUUCAUGGGGAACUGUCCUGA